AUGUUUUUCUCAAUUAUUGGAGAUAAUUUUCGAUUAGCGAGAGAAAAUAUCAAAGACACAAAUCGACAUUUGUAUUCUUAUGCAUUACAAACAUUUAUUCAAUGGACAGGACUGAAGAAAACGAAUGAUGAAGAUGUUCAUGUACAAAAAGAUGAACGAAUGCGUUCCGAAUAUCGGAAUCCUAUUGAACAAUUCCCCGAGAAAGUUGAUCAACUACUCAAUGCGUUAAACAGCAUUUAUGUCAAUCAAUCCAAGGAUAAACUCAAACUCAAGACACUUUAA